GAGAGAGAGAGAAAGAGAGAGAGAGCAAGUCUAGUGUGUUGCCACGGCUCAACUUGCAGCGGAGGGAGCGGAGAAGACGCAUGUGCUCCAACUGGUCUGGCUGUGUGCUUAAAGCCUGUUUCUCUCUUUCAGUACAGUGAAUGUAUCGAUGGUGAGACGACAUUCAGCAAAGUGAUAAGGGAGGAUACAGCUGCUGGCGUACACCGUCCAUUGCACAAAACGCUACAGUAUCAUUCUUGCUGGCGGUAUGGACGGGUUGCAGGCAGGCAGUGCUGGAGUUGGCGGUAUCGGGGGCAACACGGAGAAGUAUCGCGCUCUAGCUUAUGACACUGCCCUGAGCACUUUGGUGGCCGUGGCCGUGUAUGUGGUGGUGAAAGUGAGCCUGGACGGCAUCAGACAGUGGCGGGCCAGGAUCUCGAUGCUCAUCGUGGGGUCGGGACCCGUGGGGCUGACAGCAGCGCUGGUCGCUGUCCGAUCCGGGAAGGUGCUGAAGCUGACCGUGCUGGAUGAGAGGUACCGGACUGCCCUGCUCUGUCGGCCCCAGCAGAUCGCCCUAGAUCCUCGCAGUGUGAAGUUUCUGCUGGGACUCGGGGUGGACUUUGAUAACAUGGAGGGCUGCUGGCACAAUGAGCAUUUCUUCACCAGGAUAGGUGUGUUUCAGGAGUACCUGCUGAGUAUCCUGGAGCAGAAGAAACAGAAAGUGGACGUCAAGGUGCACCUGGGAACCAAGUUCACAGAAGAAUACCUGCACCGCAUCCCGCACAGUGACUGGCCACGUGUGAUUGUGGUUGCUGAUGGGUCAUGUGGCGACUCCUGCUCGGUGCUGGGCAUCAGCUCUGACUACACCAUGGAGUCCUGCCAUGCCUAUGGAGCUAAUGCAACCAUAGAGAGACUAGACCAGAGACAGGUGCCCACUCCUGAGAUCCGUGCGCACAGCCUCUAUUUUGACCUGUCUGCUUAUGGAGUGGAGGCCCUCAGAGAGCACCGAAACCCACCAACCAAACCUGGCUUCCACCUGAAGAUCUAUGGUACCUUCAGAAACCGCUACAUGGCCCUCAUCUGCCCUGCUUCUGACACCAAGAUGGUUCGCUUCCUCAGGCACACAGCCAACUCCUCAAUCAUGAAGAACAUUUUCCACCAGUCAUUCAAUGCCUAUAAGACUGACAUAGAGCCUCGUCUCAGUGAUGUGACGCUCCACCACAUGCAGUGCAGCCGCCGUCUCUUUGAGAUUCAGUUGUCACACAGACGCAUCAGCGCAGCUUACAUUGAAGGGGACAACGUGGCAGUCACUGUGGAGGGGGAGGCAGCACGUGUCCUCAACUUUGACACAGGCUGUGGGGUAAAUCUAGGUAUGCGCGGUCUGGAGACAAUGGGGACUUUCAUUUACAGGACAGCAACUGCUGUGGACCAGAAUGACAUUCUAGAGGCGCUGUCAGCUAAGAUGCAACAUUCCAGACAGGUGGCUGAGACCUUCAAGAGGACAGGCCUGGCUGAAUCCAUGUAUGAAUGAGAUAGUAAAGAUGAGGAGGUGAAUGCCUGAUGACAUCCAGUGGAAGCUGGAGGAGGAUAAUUUGUGUUUACAGUGAGUCAUGAGUCUGAUGCUGAAAUGGACCACUAACGGUUAUAUACCAAAUGGAGCGGAAUGAGUCUGAGUUGUGAAUACAUGGAUAAUGAAUGGAAACAUGCUCCUAAGUCUUUGUGAGAUACUCUUAAUGGCUGGAGAGAGAGAAACGAUGAUCACAUUUUGUCUUGUUUACUUGUAAUAGUUGUAAUUUUCAGGUUACAGGGCUUGAUAAAAAGAUAUAUAUCUUACAGUUACAGUGAAACAAUGUGUUUUGACUAUUGAUGCACUGUGGAUUUGGAUUUCUCUGUAAAGUGUGAGAAUAUAGUAGAAUGAAAUCUAAUCCACAAGACUAUCUAUGUGAUCUUUACCAUUUUCAUCUCUGCUGUCUUCUCCUUUUAUUGGGGAAUGAAUAGUUUUGAUUUUCAAAAUCUUUCCAGUUGUGCUCUUUGGACUUGUCACAUGAGAAAUGGGAUCUUGCCUUAGACUUAUCAGCUACAUCUGAGAAAAGCAAUCUGUUAUUGUACAUGACUUGCCAAAGGAACACAUGUAGAGAGUGUGACAUGAGGUUGUAGCUGCUCCUAAGUGUCAUUAUCAAGCCUUUUGUUUUCGUUUGAUUGUUAAUAAUUGUGGUAAUGUAUUUCCUAGAGUGGCCUGUUUUUGUGUGCUGCCUUGUAAAUGAAGUUUUUUUUUUUACAUUUCAAGCCAGGAAACAUUCGUAUUAUUACUGUACAAACUUAUUUGACUUGUAUUGCAUUUUCAUUUUAUAUUUGCUAGUAUAUUAUUUCAGAU